CCCAACAGCUCAAAGAUGAGUCAGGAAAUUACAAAAAAAAUGGCACUUUUUGGUUUCUUUCUAGUGGGGUUUAUCUCAAUGAUCACAUCUGUUCAUGGGAAUUAUGGAGGUUGGAUAAAUGCUCACGCCACUUUUUAUGGUGGAGGUGAUGCUUCUGGGACAAUGGGUGGGGCUUGUGGAUAUGGAAACCUGUACAGCCAGGGUUAUGGGAUUAGCACUGCAGCACUGAGCACUGCAUUGUACGACAAUGGCCUCAGCUGUGGAGCAUGCUUUGAAAUUAGGUGUGUAAAUGAUCCACAAUGGUGUCUCCCUGGCUCCAUUGUGGUCACUGCCACAAAUUUCUGCCCACCAGGCGGCUGGUGUGACCCUCCUCAACACCACUUUGACCUCUCUCAGCCUAUCUUCCAACAUAUUGCACAAUAUAGAGCUGGGGUUGUUCCUGUAAUUUACAGAAGGGUGAGGUGCAGGAGAAGAGGAGGUAUUAGGUUCACCAUCAAUGGCCAUUCAUACUUCAAUUUGGUCCUAGUCACUAAUGUCGGUGGGGCUGGUGAUGUGCAUUCUGUGGCUAUCAAGGGUUCAAGAACUGGCUGGCAACCACUGUCAAGGAAUUGGGGCCAAAACUGGCAGAGCAAUUCAUACCUCAAUGGACAAAGACUCUCUUUUCUUGUCACAACAAGUGAUGGCCGCAGUUUGGUUUCAUACAAUGUUGCUCCGGCUAGUUGGUCCUUUGGACAAACAUAUACUGGCAGGCAAUUUCGUUAUUAACCAUCCCUAGCCAUAAUUAACCUCUAUUAAGCAUUGUUACAUAUAUAGUGUCUACUAAAGUAUGGUAUAAGGCUAUAUGGUCAAAAAAAUCUUAUAGAUUUUAGAUAAAUAUUGGCUCAAAAUGAAAGGGGUUGCUUUAAAAGGGCCCUUUUCAAUUUGAAAUAUGAGUGUGAGUUUUUGUAGUUCAUGUUAUGCUUUGUUUUGAAGCCUGUAGAACUUGUUUAAUUAGCAGAGAGUGAGAGAGAGAGAGAGAGAGAGAGAGAGAGAGAUACUCUGUUAAUGGAAGUUUGGUAGUAUAAUUAUUUACUACAUGCCACCAGACGUCAAAUUAUGGAAGUAUUCAAUAGUGCUUUAUAUCAGAAGGCAUCCAUGCUUGCUUCUGUAAGGUUAUGGUCACAUGCUUUAAUAAGCUGCAUGUGCCUCUGUCUGUAUUUAAGAUAUUAUUUGAAUUUUAUAGUAGAAUUUAACUUUUUCUAGCC